AUGUCGCACCCCGGCAAGUUUGUCUCCGUCAACCUCAACCGAUCCUACGGCCAGCCCGCUCCCUCAUCACACCAUGGCGGUGGCGGAGGCGGCCGCCCCUCCCGCCCCGCCGGCACCGGCUCCUCAGCCGGCGGCGGCAUGGUGGUGCUCUCCCGCCCGCGCGGAGCCUCCUCCCUCGCCAAGCCGCAGGCACCCAAGCUCUCCGUCCCGCCGCCGCUCAACCUACCGUCGCUCCGCAAGGAGCACGAGCGAUUCGACGGCUCGGCGGCCGCUGCGGGGGGCGGGGUCGCCUCGGCCCCGCCUCGAUCCGGCGGGCCUGCUGCCGGCUGGACCAAGCCCGCCCCGGCGUCCGAGAAGCCUCCCGGCUCCGCAGUGCUUCCUGGCGGCGUCGCCAGGCCACCGUCAUAUGGGUUUGCGGAGAAAGCCGUCGUCUUGCGCGGGGAGGACUUCCCGUCCUUGAAAGCAGCUGUUGCCCCGCCGACACCUCCGCAGCCUGCGCAGCGGCAGAAGGAUGCUGAUGGGGCGCGGGUCGUCACACCAGAGGCGCGACCAGGACCUCUUGGGAUGCGGCCGCAGGUGACAACCUCGCGGGCCACUGAGCCACUGGCCUCUGGUGGGAGCUUGGGACCUGGUGGCCGCACUUCCGCUGAGAGGGUGCAGAAGCCUGAUCUGGGGCCGCUUCCGAUGGUCCGGCUUAGGUAUCAUUCUGACUGGGCUGAUGACGAGCGUGACACAGGGCUGAGCCUUCCAGAGCGGGACAGCAGGGAGAGGGGAUUUGGCAGGACUGAGGCCAUGCUUCCAGGGCGCGACCUUUAUGGAGCAAUGAGGGAGCCCUUCAAAAAGGAGCUGUUUGGGAGAGAUGCGGCUGCAACAAAUAAAGAAGGUGGGCAAGACGGCCUGUGGCGAUCUCCCGUGUCAAACCAACACGAUAGGGAGCUAACAGAUGGCCGACCAUACAGUGGUGGCAGAGGAAGCAGUGGGCAAUCAUAUCGGGAAAGCAUAGCUGCCGGAAAGGAUGUGUGGAGUAAUAGUAAGGAGCCUCCUAUGCGUGCCUAUGGUCAGAAUGGGGUGGAACAGUAUGGAACCACACGAGUUGGGGAAGCUGCUAGCGAGCGUUACGGCAACAGUUCAAAUAAUUGGCCUAGGUUGAAUUCUUUCCAGAAUAAUGUUGGUUCCAAAGUGCAGCCCUUUAGUGGUAAUAAAGGGCCUUUAAUUAAUGAUCCAGUGGCAAAAUUUGGUAGGGAGAAGCGGCUGACUGGUUCCCCUGCUAAGCCUUUAAUAGAGGAUAGCGGUUUUGACAGCAUUUCUGCCGUUAACUUGACUGCAAUAAAGAAGAAGAAAGAAGCAGCUAAACCAGCUGAUUUUCAUGACCCAGCAAGGGAGUCGUUUGAGGCAGAGCUUGAUAGGAUCUUGAGGGUACAGGAGCAGGAGAGACAACGGGUAAUGGAAGAACAGGAAAGGGCCAGAGAAGUUGCUCGGAAGCAAGAAGAGGAACGGGAGAGGCUGAUACGAGAAGAGGAAGAGAGGCAACGUCUGAUGGAGGAGCAGGCAAAGCAGGCAGCUUGGCAAGCUGAGCAAGAGAGGCUGGAAGCUGCUAAAAGGGCUGAGGAGCUGAGAAUUGCCAGGGAGGAGGAAAGGAAGAGGAUUGCCAUGGAGGAGGAGCGGCGUAGGGAGGCAGCGCGUCAGAAGCUCCUAGAAUUGGAGGCAAAAAUUGCUAGAAGACAAGCAGAAUCAAACAUUGGCAGCGCAAGAGCUGUCAAUGAUGAAUUUAUUCCUGGAGAUAUCAAGGACAGAGACCUGUCACACUCUGCUAACUUUGGUGACAGAAACGAUAUUGAUAAAAUGAACGAGUGCAUCAAUACCUCAGCACCAUUGGAAUCCUCUAGUCUUAACAGGUUCAGUGAGACAGUUCCAAGGGUGCACACUCUUACGGAUGGACGCUCUUCAUUUAUUGAUAGAGAAAAUGCAUACUAUAGUUCACGAGCUGCAUUUCCAGAACAAGAGAAUGUGCAUCAUAGUCCACGGCGUGACCCUUUUGCUGCAAAGAGGGGAAAUUUCCCUAAGAAAGAUCUUAAUGAUGGAUUUGGGAGUGUUUCGGUCAGGCAAUCUUCAACAGGCCGAACAACUGAUUCUCCAUGGGCACUCGAAGAUUUCCGUCAUGAAAAGGUUCCACGAUGGGAUGCGCCUAGGGAGAUUGACCGUUUCAGCAAACAAUCUGACUUUGAUAAUGAGCUUUUUAACAGUGACAGGUUUGGAGAUACAGCUUGGCUGCCUAGUAGUUCUCAUGGAAGCCUCAAUGCUCAUGCUCAACAAGGAGAUAGGAUGUUUCAGAGUCCUGAUGUUAAUGAAUUGUCUUCUUUUACCAGACCAUGCUACUCUAUGCGGCAACCACGUGUCCCCCCACCCCCAAUUGUGACAUCUGUGCGAAGUUCAGUCGGUGCUUCAGCUCAACGUAUCAAUUCAUCUUUUGUGGAUGGUGGGAAUGGAGAGAGUUCUGGUAGAGAUGAUGUGCAGAUUAUGCAGGGUCAGUAUGGAAGUGCAUACCAAGAGGCAUCUCGCCAGCAUGGGAUACGACCUGACCACAUUUCUGUUAAUGAGCACCAAAUUGUGGACAGAAAAAGCCCUGUAUUGGGUUCACAAUCUUCUCUUUCUGUUUCAAGCCCUCCUAGCUCACCUCCACAUGUUUCGCAUGAUGAGAUGGAUGUAUCGGGUGAUUCUCCUGCGUUACCGACUUCUACUGAUGGUGAACGAACGGUGCUCUCUGACAACGACAAUGCAGCUCUGACUGUAGAUGCAGACAAUACAAGCAGAAUUGCUGCCUCAGGAGUGCCCCACUUGGAGGAUGAUGAAUGGUCAAGUGUAAACAAUGAUGAUAGGCGGAAACAGGAUGAAUAUGAUGAAGACAAUGAUAGCUACCAGGAGGAUGAAAUCAAUGAAGCUGAUGAUGAGAAUAUUGACUUGGAUGAUGAGUUCUUAGAGGGACAGAAUACACCUGUAGAACUGGAACCAGUUAUACUUGGAUUUGAUGAGGGCGUGCAGGUUGAAAUUCCACCGAAUAGUCAACUUGAAUUAGCUUCUGUGAGGAGCACUGAAAGGACUGUUGGAGUACAUCUAUACUCAGGAGUUUCAGAGCAAGAGAAUGUCAGUGGUUCAGUUGUCCAUUCUGAUCCUGUUACUGAAGCAGAGAAAGCACUGCAGGCAUUGACUCUUGAUCGUGUAAAUGCCCUGACAAAAGACAGUAAUGGGGAGCCAUCCAAUAGCUUAGGGACACCUGCUUCAAGUUCCCAGUUACCUCAGGCAUCUUCUGCAGGUCCUAUUUUUUCAUCAGCUUCAGCAGUAGUUGGGCAGAAUGAAGUACCUGUUAGCCUCCAGUUUGGUUUGUUUACAGGUCCUCCUCUAAUACCAACUCCAGUUCCAGCCAUUCAAAUUGGUUCCAUACAGAUGCCAAUCCAUCUCCACAAUCAGUUUAACCCAUCCCUGCCUCACAUGCACCCUUCAACAGCCCCUUUAUAUCAGUUUGGCCAGUUGAGGUAUGCCCGUCCUAUCGCCCCGAGUGUUCGAUCGCUGCCUUCUCAGGCCAUCCGCCCUGUACAUUCUUCCAUACCAGCUCAACAUACAUUGAAUCAGAAUGCGUCCAGUGUUCUACCUGAGCUAACGGAUGGAGAUACAAACCAGAACAUCCCAGCUCAGGCAAGCUCAUCCACCUUUAUCAAUAAAUCAGCAGCGCCUACAGACAAGCUUCCCCUUGGAAUGGACAGUUCAAACUCUCAGUAUCUCAAUGCUCCUGCAAACAAUCAGAUGGCUGGUGUGGAGGGGUUUCAUGGCCAGGUGGACAGAGAAUCUGCUGAGGGUACAACUCCCAGUGGUAGGAAUCAAGAUCUCUCUUUGAAGAGGAAUUACAGACCUACCUCCAACAAUGUAGAAUCUUCUCAAUAUGGUUUGGAGGGGAGAGCCAUGGGUGAUCCAAAGGCUCCUGGUGUUGUCUCUGAUAGAAGGGGGAGGAGAUAUGGUUAUGCUGUUAAAGACAUCAACAUGAGAUCUACCGGCUCAUUUGUUGAACCUUCUCAUAAAGAUUCCAAAGGAGGAUUCCAGAGAAGGGCUCGUAGGAAUGUAAGACGGACUGAGUUUAGAGUUCGGGAGAACAUCGAGAAGAAUCAAAAUGAAACUUCUGAGUCAUUUUGCCAUGGUGAACAAGACGAGAUGACAUGCUCCAAUGGAACAAGAGAUGUUCCAGCGAGAAAUACUAAUAGAAGGGAACUUGAUAUGAACAAGGCUUCUAGGAUAAAUGAAGCAAGUGAUCAGAGUGUCUCAUUUAGAAGUACACACAAUGUUCCUUAUGAGAGAUCUCAUGGUGGGAGCAAGAAGUCUAGAACAGGUGCUGUCCCUGAUGGAGAUACUACCUCAUUGCAAGCUGGAGCUGUUCGUGUUGUGAAGCAACAGGGCAUUGAGAUCCCUGUUGAUGCAGAUGGCUUCAUUGAAGCUCCCCGCAAACAGCAUAGUGUUUCCCUACAAAGCUCAGUUGGUCCUAGUGUGAAUAAGCGAGCAGCUCCUUCGAGUGGAGAAGUUCCAAAGAAAGUUUCUUCCGGUUCUGCCAUCACGGUAGAAGGAAGAAUUGCUGACUAUGCUGAAACUUCAGUUCCAUCGAUGGUUGAUAUGGCUUCCAUGAACCUCAUAGGGCCACCUUCAACCAAUGCAGAAACUCAUACAAACUGCUUUGCCAAUCAGCCUAUCCAGAUCCAGACAUCCUCUGACUUGGUCACCUCCAGUCCUGCAAAGCUUGUGAGUGGCUUAUCUGAAGACAACAAUAAAGGGGCAUCUAUUAGUACUCCAUUUAACAUGGUUUCCUGGGAUAAUUCACAAAUAAACCAGCAGGUUAUGCCAUUAACUCAAACUCAACUUGAAGAAGCUAUGAGACCAGCUAAAUUUGAACAGCAGGCUGGGUCUGGCUUUUCUUUGGAGUCCAACAAUGCUUUGUCUCCCACAGUAACCACAGAAAAGGUGUUCCCUUCAUCUGCUAGUCCGAUUAAUUCCCUUCUGGCUGGAGAGAAGAUUCAAUUUGGGGCAGUAACCUCGCCAACCAUGCUACCCCCAGUUAGCCGAACUGUUUCAAGUGGUCUUGGAGCUCCAGGUUCAUCUAGGCCUGAUAUGAAGAUUGAUCGAGGCUUGUCUAGCGAUAACAGUGGUCCUGAUAAGGCAAAUUCCAAGGAAUUAUGUCCGAGUACCGAGGAUGCAGAAGCAGAGGCUGAAGCAGCUGCUUCUGCUGUGGCUGUGGCAGCUAUUAGCACUGAUGAGGGAUCUCCAGCUGAUGCGACUACAGCAUCGGCUCCAGACACCAAGAGCUUUACAAGCAAGGAUCUCAGUGGGUUAACAUCAGGAGGGGCAAGAACAGGUCAAGCUGGUCAAUCAUCCACCGAAGAGCUGCUCACAGUUGCUCUUCCUGCAGACUUAUCAGUUGAUACUCCAUCCAUGUCCUUGUGGCCUCCUAUAGCCAGUCCACAAGCAUCAGGGCCAAUGCUUUCUCAGUUUCAUGGUGCACAGCCAUCCCACUUUUCCUGCUUUGAUAUGAAUUCGAUGUUAGGAGGGCACAUUUUUGCAUUUGGCCCAAGUGACGAAUCUGCUGGUUCUCGAGGUCAGCACCCUCAAAGAAGCAAUGCAUUGCCUUCAGCACCAUUGGGAGCUUGGCCGCAGUGUCAUUCUGGGGUAGACUCUUUCUACCGUCCUCCAACUGGGUACGCUGGUCCUUUCAUUACUCCAGGUGGAAUCCCAGGCGUGCAAGGUCCCCCACAUAUGGUGGUCUAUAACCACUUCGCCCCAGUAGGGCAAUUUGGUCAGAUGGGACUUGGUUUUAUGGGAGCCACUUAUAUCCCUGGUGACAAGCAGCCUGAUUGGAAGCAAAGCCAAGGACCACCUAUUGUUGGUUUCCACAUCUACGCCCAACUUCUAUCAUGCCAAUCCCCGUCUCCAUUGACCAUGUUCGACAUUGCUCCUUUCCAGACAUCUACAGACAUACAGAUGCAAACGUGUUGGCCACAUAUGCCUGUACCUCUACGCUCAGUUCCAUUAUCAGUUGCACUUCAGCAGCAUCCAGUAGAUGGUACAGCCACACAACAGUUUGUUCAUAACGUGCCAGUAGACAAGUCCAGUACAAAUAACCGAUUUCAGGAGUCCUCUGUUUCUGCUGGACCAUCAGAUGGCAACAAGACCUUCCCAAAUGCAGCUGCCUCUCAGUACAGAGAUGAGUUAGGUCUUGUCGAACAGCCAGCCUCAACUAGUUCAAGCUCCCAAACUGUUCAGCCUUCAUUUGGCCAGGCAGGCGUGAUCAGCAAUGAAGUCUCGACCAGUGCCAAAGUCAUGGUUAGAGCGACCCCAUCUAAAGUCAACCCUGGAACUGCCGCAGGGGUUGCUAGCAACACGAACGGCCCUCAGGUCACCAGCAUACCUUCCAAGACCCAUCAGUCGCCAUCAUCAUCAGACCAGCAGUACCAGCAUCCGGUUAACAAUCAGGAUCGCCGGGCCCGUGCGACCCAAAAGGCUGGUACUGGUAAUGAGUGGCAACGGCGAUCAGGGUACCAGGGUAGGAGUCAAGGUUCUGGUUCCGACAGGAGUUCAGGCACUGGUAGGAUGAAGCAGAUCUACGUUGCGAAACCCUCGUCAACAAGUGGCCAUGCCCCAUCAGGCUAG